AACGGAAACUUCCGGUUUUUAAUUUUAACUUAACAAAUUGAAGCAGGCAAGGUGAUAAUAUGGAUUUAAGUCCAGAUGAUAUUCUGAGGAGAAGAGCUACUAUAACAUUAGCCCAUUUACGGGAAAGCCAGCGCCAACUUGUCCGUGAUAUACAAGAGCAAUACAAUGAACUUGGCCAAGCUGUGGAUAAUUUACGUUCCUAUUUUGCCCCUGAUAGUGAUGAUGAGGUUGGAGAAUUCAGACCUAGAAGUGCCAAUGCCAAACCUAAACGAGAGAAAAGUAAUAGAAAUAAAUUGAAUGAGGAAUCAAAGACAAGUAGAAUCAUCAGACCACUAUCAAACAGAGCACCUGUUUUAUUAAGAGAGAGGGAGUAUGGGUUUCACAAAAGAAAACAAAAUUCUCAAGAAUUCCAUCAAGAGAAUCUGCCAGAUUAUGUGUCCCAACAACUCCCAUCAGUCUUACAAGAGAAGGAGCUGAAUCUUGGGAUGAUGAAUAAAGUUUUUGCCUCCAAGUGGUUGAAUGAAUCUCAGGUUGUGCUGGGUACAAAGUGUAAUAAGUUGAUGGUGAUGGAUGUGAGGAGCAACAACCUGGUACACAUCCAGUCAUUGAAGAGCACUAGUGAAAGUAAAGCUGCUGAAUGCCCCUGUGGGAUACACAGCAUCGCCAUCAACCCAUCCAGGACAAUGCUGGCGACUGGGGCACAAAAUACAAAUGAUUUAGCUGUGUAUGAGCUGCCGACCUUUGACCCACUCUGUGUUGGCGAGCAAGCACAUGAAGACUGGAUAUUUGACAUGGAAUGGAUAGAUGAUGAGCACUUAAUUACAGGUUCCAGGGACAGCUCACUAGCACUGUGGUGUAUAGACAACAAAGGCCUGUCAUCUGAGACCUCAGGUCGACCACACAUGCAUGGCUACCGUGUCAUAGCACCUUACUCUAAGGAGUUGUGUAGCCAGGCUGUUAGGGUCAGGGCAUUAACCCUGGGGAGGAACAGAGGGAUGAUGGGUGUGCUGUCUAUGAAUGCUAAAUUCCAUUUAUGGGACAUCUCAACCUUCAGACAGAUUGAAUCCAUUGAUCUGCCAUGGAAGAGAGAAAAUGUUUGUGUGGCUAGUUCAGAAGACAUGGGCCUGUUUGCCAUAGGUUCCCAGGCCUAUGUCACAUUGAUUGACCAGAGGCUGGGUGGUGAGUCCAAGUCCAGAUUCCUGCAGAUUCCAGCCAAACAUGGGGAACGAGGAAUCCGCUCUUUAAGCUUUAACCAGAACAUGAUAACAAUAGGGACAGGGGAUGGGAGGGUGUUGUUCUUUGAUGUGAAGAUGUUCAAGUUCCUGUACAAUCAAGAUGGCAACUGUUGUGAACUGCAGGUUGGGGAUGGAUGGCUGCGUAAUGACUCCAACUACAGAGAGCACUUCAUCCACGGCCACUACCCCAACGCCAUCUACACACACUGCUACGAUGAAUGGAAGGCCAGACUGUUUGUGGCUGGUGGCCCAUUGCCAGCCGGCCUCUAUGGCAACUACGCUGGACUAUUUUACUGAACCAGCUUGGCCUUAUACUGCAAUCCUGUAUCAGAUAUGUAAAGAUAAUAACACUCAUCCAUUGUAAAAAAAAAUGUGUAUAAUUGUAGCAAUAUCAAAAUCUAAGUACAGUUUUCUUAUACAUAGUGUCCUAUUCAUCUGCUAUUUAAGAGAUUUGUGAUUUCAUACUUACAGUCUAGUGCAGUUUUGUAUGGUUUUUAUGUGCAAUAUUGACAGACUGGACCAAUGUGAGUAACUGUGGGUGAUGGUUGAGUUGUCUGGCAUUGAAUUCCUUGACAUUUGCUGUAGAAAUGUUGGCACUGUGAUGGGAUGAUGUUGUACAGAUUUGGGAGAUGGUUGGGAUACCUGGCAUUGAAUUCCUUGACAUUUGCUGUAGAAAUGGUACUGUGAUGGGAUUAUGUGUACAGUUUUUGUGUAUGUCUGUAGUGUGGGUAGGUAAACUGUGUACUGUAAGUGAAAUAGUCACAUUGUAUGUGAUGAUGCUUGAAAGUGGAAUGUGAUGAUGUUCAUGAAUGUAAAUGGGUUGUGAAGAUUAUGCUACAAAUGUUAUUUAUGAUGGGUCUAGGUUCAAAUCUUCACAUAAUUAAUGGGCAAGACUUAGACUCACCAUGUAUUUAAUGGACAAGACAUUUGUCCCACAUAUAAUAAAGUGGGCAAGACUGGCUCAAUAUGCUUAGAACUUAACAUGGGUCUAGACUGAGACCCAAUGUAGUUUUUGUCUAAGCUCAGAUCCUCAUUAUGGGUCAUGUCUCAGACCCCUAAAACAGUUAAUUAGUCUAGCCUCAUAACCCCCAAUAUGGGUCAUGGCUCAGACCCCUAAAACAGUUAAUUAGUCUAGCCUCAUAACCCCCAAUAUGGGUCUAUACUCAGACCAUGUGUUUGAUGAGUUAAAGCUACAAUUGUGUUAGAUGAAACAAAACCUUUGUGAUAGAAAGAUACAACAUGCUGACCAGACUAGAGUGUCUCCUCAUUCCCCCAACCAGUGGGUUAUCCUUAUAAUUCUACCACCCUAUACAGCCUGUUAAGCUACUUUAGGGAAACGAGGGGAAAUAAACCCACCAGAUAUUGUAUAAAGUUGUAGAGUUGAUUUUGCAUUGACUGGACUUUUUUUUUUCAGUAUAAUAGUUCUGACAAAAAUUUAAAUCUGCUGAAAAUUUGCCAGUGAAAUGUUUUUUCAAUCAAAGUAGAAAUUCGUUCCUGUGUGUAAUUUAGUUCUGACAAAAAUUUCAAUCUGCUGAAAAUUUGACAGUGAAAUAAUUUUUUCAAUCAAAGUAGAAAUUUGCUCCUGUGUGUAUUUUUCACACACAUUUUUUUUAUUGACUAUCAUAGUGGUGCCAGACAGCUGUGCUGUGAUAUGGCUUUCAUGUAUAUCUUUAAUGGUGGUCUCAUUUUUCUGAUCAAUUGUACACAUUUUUAUGUUCUUGUAUUUUCUGUAAAUAUACUCAUGGCCUGGACACAAUAUUUUGUAUCAGUUUGAUGGAAGUUUAUGCUCACAUUCUCCUGUACAUUCAACCAAAUGCCCCUACAUGUUCAGCUCACCUGUAUAGUUUUGUCACCACACUAAUGAGUGCCACUGUGGUGGACCGGUCCAUCUUGAUUACCAUUGAGAUCAUUGUUAAAACUAUUGGAUUCAGUAAAUAAAUGGAACCAGCAAUAACAGAUUAUCAUUAAGAUACAGGUGCAAACAUUGAGGUAAAUUAGAUUUAAAACAACUAAUGUAAUAAUGUACAUUUAAAAAAUUUAAAUCUCAUAUAUUGUGUUAGCAUAAGUCAAAGUGUUAAUUUCUGUUUGAUUACAUGUGUAAUGUAUGGAUACUAUACUGAUUAGAUAAUGUAUUGAUACUAUACACAUUAGUAAUUCCUUAGUGCUGUAAGACAACCACUUGCACAAUCCAAUCUUUAUUGUGGUAGGUUUGUACAAGCUACGGUAUACAAGGCCUAUAGAAAUAAAAUAGUGUACCAGUGGAUACACACUAUAUACUGACAGUUCACAUAUAUAUUUUUUGUAGGAUGCCAUGAAAGUGCCAGGUGAAAACUGAUUUUGAUAUGUCUGUCAGAUUUGAGGUCAUCAACCAUUGCAUUCAAGAUGUAAUGCAUUUAUUCUAGACCAACACAAUUUUUAAAUGUAGAGAGAUUUCUGGUUACAUUUGCUGUUCAUUAUGAUAUGUCUCUAUUAAGAUAAUUAAUAAAAUGUCA